AUGGCCAUGAUACAAAUAAAAUAUCUACUGGCUCGGAAUUGUUUUCGAAGAAUUAGUGUGGAGGAUAGUGCAACCAGUAGUCCAGCUGCUGCUCCAGCUGUACCAAUGCCCCCGUCUCCCACUCACCAGCAAGUAGUCCAGCUGCAGCUCCAACUGUACCAAUGCUCCGUCUCCUACUCACCAGCCAGUAGUCCAGCUGCAGCUCCAGCUGUACCAAUGCCCUCGUCUCCCACUCACCAGCCAGUAGUCCAGCAGCAGCUCCAGCUGUACCGAUGCCCCCAUCUCCUGCUCACCAGCCAGUAUUCCAGCUGCAGCUCCAGCUGUACCAAUGGCCCCGUCUCCCACUCACUAGUCAGUAGUGCAGCUGCAGCUCCAGCUGUACCGAUGCCCGCAUCUCCCGCUCACCAGCCAGUAGUCCAGCUGCAGCUCCCACGGCUCCAGCUGUACCAAUGCCCACGUCUCCCACUCACCAACCGGCAGUCCAGAUGCAGCUCCCAUGGCUCCAGCUGUACCGAUGCCCCCGUUUCCCACUCACUGGCCACCAGUAGUCCAGCUGCUGCUCCAGCUGUACCAAUGCCCCCGUCUCCCACUCACCAGCAAGUAGUCCAGCUGCAGCUCCAACUGUACCAAUGCUCCGUCUUCUACUCACCAGCCAGUAGUCCAGCUGCAGCUCCAGCUGUACCAAUGCCCUCGUCUCCCACUCACCAGCCAGUAGUCCAGCAGCAGCUCCAGCUGUACCGAUGCCCCCAUCUCCUGCUCACCAGCCAGUAUUCCAGCUGCAGCUCCAGCUGUACCUAUGGCCCCGUCUCCCACUCACCAGCCAGUAGUCCAGCUGCAGCUCCAGCUGUACCAAUGCCCCCGUCUCCCACUCACCAGCCAAUAGUCCAGCUGCAGCUCCAGCUGUACCGAUGCCCCCGUCUCGUCUCCCACUCACCAGCCAGCAGUCCAGCUGCAGCUCUAGCUGUACCGACGCCCGCGUCUCCCACUCAUCAGCCAGUAGUUCAUCUGCAGCUCCCGCGGCUCCAGCUGUACCGCCGGCCGCGUCUCCCACUCAUCAGCCAGUAG